UCGCUUGGCGGUAAAUGUUCAGCCACACGGGCAAAGUUCCGGAUUAUGGUUUAGUUGGCUAGUAAUCUUACGGGGAAAUUCUGGUUAGAGACGGUUAUGAACUAUGAUGCAGAAGUUGUUGAAUUUAGAGUCCCCACCGAAAACAACAAAACAUUGUUUAUAUGUGGAAUUCUCCCAACCUUUUCAGAAGCAUACAUUUACGGGUCGCUCUGGAAUAUUUUCUCGGGAUUUGGCGCCCUCUACUGGCUGAAAGUGGUUCCGAACGCUACGGUUGCCCUGCCGGGAUUCUACGCGAUUGUCAAAUUCUACUCGGCGGUACAGGCCUCCAGGGCGCAGGAGUCCACGCAUGCAAAGGGCCUGUUUCAGAAAUCCCCCUUGAAGGUACAGCUGUGCACCAGACAGAGCUCAAACGGAUUUCACAAUGUGAAAUCCCUCAGCGUCAGCAAAUGCCAGGAGCUCGCCAAUUACUACCUUGGCUUCAAUGGAUGGACCAGUCGAGUUAUUACGCUAAAAAACAUUUCUGACAGUGACACUGGGGAGCUGCAGGUGAAUGCGGACUCCCAGAAGCCCGCGCUGAAAUACGGCUGCGUGGUGGGACUCAACUUCCCCCACCACGGAGUGGCCUGUCGAGGUGUCGGAAUUGCCGAAGAGGUCUUCGAGGGCAGCCCAGGUGUGCAGGAGGUCGCCAUCAAAAGGGGUCUGCUGCCGAAACGGGCCCGGGACCGAGCCAUGAUGGACGCCUUCAGAAAAGUUUUGCUGAUAGUUUUAGGAAAUGGAAGAGUUGUGGUCGAUUGUAAACUAGAUGCAGAUGAGAUUACAUCCGAUGAAGAUUUGGAAGGAAUGAUCAAGGUUAACAACGUGUCCUGGGGCACGGAGGAUGACGAAGACUUUCCUGAUCUGACUCUGAAUUUGUCAGAUUUGUCCUGAAGCAGAUCAACAGAUGAUCUGUAUCAAAAUUGAAAGUGACAGUUAGGAGCAGUUUUUCCCCCCCAGUUAUAUUUACAUAUUGGUAGGGUUUGAUCUUUGGCAAUUUAUUAGCUCCAUGUGUAUAAAUUUUAGAUAUGUAUUAUAGGACCAGUUGCUUUUUUUAACGUUGAAAUCUGUUCAUUUUUAUGAAAUCUGUACCUAGGAUCCACAUUUGUUUUCCAUAAAAAUGUGAAAGUUUGGCCUAAACAGAACUACUCACAUGUACCACAGUGAACAUUGUGUCUUUUUUGACACAUUCAAAUUUCAUUUUUUGUCCUGUGUUUGUGAAGUAUAUUAAUAAACAGUAGCACCUA